CACCUUUGACCGCGAUCUCUGUUGCGGCUGCCACCAAAAAUUAUCCAUGCCUUCGCCCUCCGCAAAUUCCUCCUACAAUCCUUUCUCUCUUCUACCUGCUGUCGACUCCAUGACAGACAGGAUUUGAACACAUAUUUACUCAUGUCGUCCAGGGUCACCCGCUCGUCCGCCCGUCAAGCCGCGAGCCAAAGAGCAGCGUCUGCGAAUCCAACCACGACCGCCGGUGCUCCCUCAUCCGCACCGGCGCCGCCGCCGCCGAUUCCACCGACUCCGACGCCGGCACCGAGCGGCCGGAAGCGAAAAAACCAUACCAGCCCGCCGCAGGUUGCCAUCGAGUCACCUUCAUCAACCCGUAGAUCCAAGCGACAGCGUGUGACACAGGCGUUACCACAUCCGCAGCCGUCCCCGGCCUCAGCAGCGACUCCAUCUUCUUCUCGCCGCAGGAAGGGCAAAGCUCCCGCAACUAUGUCGAGCCCAGGAUCCCCGACAAGUCCUGCGAGCCACCUGGACAAUCCAACCUCUGCAUCGUCCAGUCGGCGAUCCAGCCGGAACAAGAAGAGUGCGUCAACCGCCAAAGAUGAUCCAACUGCCCCCGCUACUAGCUCGAACCGGCGAUCGAAACGGACUGCCCACAACGAUGCAGCCCCGCAGGACCAGGAUGUGGUAAUGGGCGGUACCGAAGAACACCAAAAAGCAUCGGUGGCUCCGCCGCCGCCGCCGCCUCCUCCCGAGGACCGAGUUCCUGAGGACAGUGAAGAGAAUGACGAGGAUGAGGAGGGCUUGCGACGCUACGAUGAUGACGACGAUGACGAGGAUGCCGAUCCCUUCAGCGGCUUCGGCGGCCCAGGAGGAUCGGUCCCAGGCCUGAGUAACACUCUUCGGACCUUGACCGGCAUGGUCUCCGGCACAUCUGCGAGGCUGCGAGAUAUCUUGAACAACCUUCGGCAGAAGGGUGACCCCACGAUGCAGCUCAUUGCCUUGCAAGAGCUCUCUGAGCUUUUGCUCAUCCACAACGAGGACACGCUCUCGGGGCACUUCUCGCCGGAUGCUUUUGUGAAGGAGCUGGUAGCUUUGAUGCAGCCAAACGAGCUCACGGGGGAGGAGAACCCAGAGAUCAUGCUGUUGGCUUGCCGCUGUCUGGCAAAUCUCAUGGAAGCCCUGCCGGCCACCACAUCAAAUGUUGUCUAUGGCCACGCCGUUCCUAUUCUGUGCCAGAAGCUGCUCGAAAUCUCGUUUAUCGACCUGGCCGAGCAAGCGCUCAGCACGCUGGAGAAGAUUUCACUCGAGUACCCUUCGACUAUUGUUCGCGAAGGUGGCUUGACCGCGUGUCUCUCCUACCUAGAGUUCUUCGCGACUAGCACGCAGCGUGUCGCAGUCACUACCGCUGCAAACUGCUGCCAGAAUCUCGACCUUGAAUCCUUUCCCGUCGUUCGAGAUGUCAUGCCCAUCCUGCUCAAUGUCCUUGGAAGCAGUGACCAAAAGGUCGUGGAGAAAGGCUCCCUGUGCGUCACGCGCAUCGUCGAGAGUUUUAGGUUCCACCCUUCAAAGCUGGAGGAGCUCAUCAGCGUCGACCUGCUCAGGGGCAUUCUCCGUCUGCUUCUCCCGGGCAGCACAAACUUGAUUGGGGACCAUAUCCACACGCAGUUCCUUCGGGUUCUUGCUAUCGCCGCGCGGGCGAGCCCCCGCCUCUCAGCCGAGCUCUUUAAAAUGAACGUGGUCGAGACGCUCUAUCAGAUCUUGACUGGUGUUUCGCCGCCGAGCGGCACCGACGAUCUCGCAUCGAAACUCGACAGUGUCCUCAUCAUGCAGGCACUAAUCCACCGCCCCCGGGAUCAGAUUAUCGAGACACUCAACGUUAUCUGCGAGCUCCUGCCGAACCUGCCAAGAUCGGCGGAUCCCGCCUUAGUCGGCCUUCCCGAGGUCGGCUCUUCCCCGGAAUCCGUCUCGGCAACCUCGUCGGGUUCUCGCAAGAAGACCUCAAAUGAAAAGCGGAUUGAACUGUUGGAAGACUGCAAGGAAGAGGUCCGGCGAUUCUCCAUGAUUUUGUUCCCGACACUUACCGACGCCUACUCGAGCACUGUCAACUUGACUGUUCGUCAAAAGGUCUUGAUGUCCCAACUCAAGAUGCUUUCGAAUCUUGACCAGGCGAUUCUCGUUGAAGCCCUGAAACCCGUCUCUUAUGCCUCCUUCUUGGCUUCCAUCAUCUCACAGCAGGACCACCCUUCCCUGGUCUUGUCUGCCGUGGGAGCCGCUGACCUACUCAUGAGGCGACUGGGAUCGGUAUACCGGUACCAACUCUACCGCGAGGGUGUCAUUUCCGAAAUCACGAAGCUGGCCAGUCAGGAUCUGGAGCCUGAAGCAAAGCUUUCGACCAAUGGGUCCCCGUCCCCGGACCCGGAGACGGCUGAGCCAGAAACGGAGCCCGAGCCGGAGUCGAACAGGUCGUCCGCAGAGCCCGCCGACGACCGAUCUGACCAUGCUGAGUCCGAGAGCGAGGAUGAUGAGGGCGAGAAUGGGGAGGCUGAGGAAGAGGACGAGGAUCGCUCUCACCACUCUUCAGAUGAUGAUGAAGACGACGAGGGUCAGGAACAUGACAAUGAGGAUGACCAGAACCGUGACGACCUAUCGGCCUCUCCGUUCAGUUCCGAAGGCUCGACGAUGUCGAUUUCUGGCCCUCCGGGACGGCUCAUCUCGGAUCUCCCUUCCAUGAAGGCGAGAAUCAUCGCGAAUGCCAAGCGCUUCCUCGAAAUACACGAAAAUGAAAAGGAGUCCAAGGCAAUGAAGAAGAAGGCCACCGAGAUCCUUGACAACCUGUCGGCGCUGGCGUCCGAUAUCGAGAACUUUUACCUUCGACGUGCCUUCCCGUCGCAGCUCGCGCUUGAGAGUGGCACCGAGCUUUUCAGGAAGCUGGCGUCAUACUUCGACUCCGACCUAUUGGAGAGUGUCACAAGUGCUGAGCUGCUCGCGUCCGGCGUUGUCCGUGUUCUUGAAGAGGUCCUGAGUAACCCCGAUGAGCAACUUGCCGUAGCGGCACAGACGGCAUUCCUGCAGGUUUUUAUGGGAUACACAGUCAAGUCGAAGCCUAAGACCGCUACCGCCGACUCUCCAGCCACUCCUCUCAGCGUCCUGAUCCACAAGCUUCAGGAUCUGCUGAGCAGGUCCGAACACUUCGAGGUCAUUACCGUUCACCACCAAUCGUUUGAUAGUAACCGCAGCAGUGCGGCCUCUAUGCUCGCAAAGCAACUCCGGCUCAAACUCGUGGCAGAUGAAGAUUCGGACAUUCCUCGGCACUACCGAAACAUCAUGGUUUCGAUCCACGCCAUCACGACCUUCAAGUCCCUCGAUGAUUACCUGAGGCCGCGGAUCAGUCUUUCAGAUAGACCCCGUGGCUCCAAACGGGACGCGGUUUCUCGCGCCUUGGCCGCAAUGGCCAGCUCGGGUCUACCCAUGAGUGCGGCCGCAGCUCGCCUCAUGGAGCGCUCGUUCCCCCCGUCAAGCGGCUCGAAUUCGACUCCGCCCCCUCCUCCCCCGGCUGCUGCUUCUUCGCACUCUCCCACGCCGCGGUCGGCGCGGAAAUCCAAGUCCAGGUCAGACCCGCCGAAUGAUUCCCCGGCGACGCCUGAACCAUCGUCCUCGAGGGAGAAAACUUCUCUGCGUCGGUCCUCUCGUCGCCAAGCCGUGUCGGAUGGGGAUACGCCGGCGCACCCGCUGCCUGCUGCCGAGGACAAGUUCGAAAACUCGCUCGAGUGUGCUGACGAGAGACAACUGUCCGAUGACGAGGAGAUGGGCGACGACGGCGCCCUUGAUAUGGUUGGUGACGUCGACGAGGGAAUGGAGGACGCGCCUACCCCAGAUCCCUCUGCGGUGAACUUGGAGGUCGCAGGAGGCAAAGUGACUGCCCGCAAGGAGGACGGAACCAAGGUGCCAACGCCGUCGCAGAGUCAGAGUCGGCCCACGGCCGCGUUGCCCAACCGCUCAAGUGCGUUGACGUCGGCUACGGCAAGUCCAACCCCAGCCGCGUCUUCGCGGCCCAUGUCUUAUGCGGCUGCCAUCCAGUCGGUCCCGCAAGACUGGCAUAUCGAAUUCAGUAUCGACGGCAAAGUCGUGCCCAAUGAUACCACCAUCUACCGAGCCGUGCACAGCUUUGCAAAGAACACUGAUGAUCAAUAUGGCCGCAAUAUCUGGUCGACCGUGCAUCCCAUCAAGUUCAGGCGGGUGCCCGGCGCUCCUCCAGCAGAGUCUGCCGCCUUUGGCAGCACGGCUGAGAACGGGUCGGACGCCGAGGAGGGUGGCACACCUGGAUCUCUGUCCAAGUCACCGGUUACUGCAUCCAUCCUGCGCCUCCUCAAGAAACUGCACGACCUCAACGCCAAUAUUGACGACGUUCUUGCCGAAAACAAGGAGACGCUAAGGGUUAAUGUUGAGCCCCUGUCGCAGUUCGUCAACACCAAGCUUACAGCUAAGCUGAAUCGGCAGCUCGAAGAGCCGCUGAUCGUGGCGAGCAACUGCCUCCCUAGCUGGAGCGAGGACCUGGCAAGGCUUUACCCCUUCCUGUUUCCGUUCGAGACCCGCCAUCUCUUCUUGCAGUCCACCUCGUUCGGCUACGCCCGAUCUAUGAGCCGCUGGCAAAACGCCCAGUCCCAGGAAGAGGCUCGAAGAGAUCGUCGGGACGAGAGGCCAUUCCUCGGCCGUCUGCAGCGUCAGAAGGUCAGGAUCUCUCGUUCCAAGAUUCUCGAGUCGGCCGUCAAAGUCAUGGAGCUCUACGGCGCUUCUCAGAGUAUUUUGGAGGUCGAGUACUUCGACGAAGUCGGCACUGGACUCGGGCCCACGCUCGAGUUCUACUCAACUGUCUCUAAAGAAUUCUGCAAGAAGAAGCUGAAGCUAUGGCGUGAUAACGAUCCCAACGGACAUGACGAAUAUGUCUCUGCGACCAACGGGCUCUUUCCCAGGCCGCUCAGCGACGAAUUUGCCGCCUCGGAGGAAGGGGAGAAGAUCUUGCAGCUCUUCAAGAUACUGGGCAAGUUUGUCGCACGGUCUAUGAUCGACUCACGGAUUAUCGACAUCAACUUCAACCCCAUCUUCUUCCGCAUCGGCGAUGAGUCCGCCGCUGUUCGUCCCUCUCUGGGGGCGAUCAAGUCUGUCGACCCUGUCGUUGCGAAGUCGCUCAUGGUGGUUAAGAAGUUUGUUUCGGCCAAGAAGGCGAUCGAAGAGGACCCAAACCGAUCCGCGGCGCAGAAGGUGAUCGAUAUCGAGAACAUCGUGAUCGACAAGAUCCGCAUUGACGACUUAUACCUGGAUUUCACCCUACCUGGUUACCCCGAGAUUGAGCUCAUUCCCAAUGGAGCGCAGACUCAGGUUACCAUUGAUAACGUCGACCUCUAUUUGGAGAAGGUGAUCGACAUGACUCUGGGAUCCGGGGUCCGUCGACAGAUCGAUGCGUUCCGGGCUGGCUUCUCGCAGGUGUUCCCGUACUCAGCGCUGAGUGCGUUCACACCGGACGAGCUGUGCUCGUUGUUUGGGCGGGUAGACGAGGAUUGGUCUUUAGAGACUCUCAUGGACUCGGUCAAGGCGGAUCACGGGUACAAUAUGGACAGCAAGACGGUUAGAAACUUGCUGCAGGCCAUGAGCGAGUUCACGCCGGCCCAGCGCCGCGACUUCCUGCAAUUCACUACCGGGAGCCCCAAGCUCCCCAUUGGCGGCUUCAAAAAGCUUACGCCCAUGUUCACUGUGGUCUGCAAGCCUAGUGAGGCGCCCUACACGUCGGACGACUAUCUCCCCAGCGUCAUGACAUGCGUGAAUUACCUCAAGCUGCCCGACUACUCGAGCAUUGACGUCCUGCGGGAGAAGCUCUUCACGGCCAUCAAAGAGGGCCAAGGGGCGUUCCAUCUGUCGUAAUGAACAAGGACGCUGCGGCAGAGGGACAAAGUUAAUGGUUUCUGUACUCAUUGUAGUUGCAUUUGUUGUGAUUUUCUUUGGCCUCGGGCGGACGAAAACCCUCUUCUUCCUUUUGGUAGCUGCUUUUUGUUGAGGAGCGCGUCGUCGUUAUCAAAUUACACCAGACUGGGCAGCAUGGCAUGAACUCGGCGUGGAAAGGACUGGCAUUCAGGGAUGGGCUUCGACAUGACAUGAAGAAAACUCGGCGAUCUGGUUUGUUGGG